AUCUGGUACCAUACAGGUGCUGGGAAGCGCACAGUGAAAACAGCUGCAGCAGACAUUGAUCAUGGGCUCCUAGGUCUACAGCAGACCAGACACCCCGGAGUCACCCUCUGCAGUAUUUAUUGGCUCAAGUCUAUUACUGGCAAAAUAACUGACGAUCUGAUCCUACGCUGGGUUAACUGAACCAUCAAGAAUGAAGCACUUCAUGAGAAUGGUGGUUCAGGUGUGGGUUUACUUUUACUGCAUUUGUUUGUGGCGCUGCCUAAAAUUUAUUUUGAGGAAACUAACGGGACGCUGUGAAUUGCAAAGAAUCUGCUAUAAAAAUAAGCCAGGAGCUGGGCGAACGCUAAAAAUAGAGGGUUCACUAAAGUCUUCAAGAAUCAAGCUACUACAAUCUGCAGUGACAGUUCAUCCGGAUGCAAUAGAAAAAACUAUAGAAGACAUAAUCACUUUGAAAAAAGUUAACGUUGACACAAAUCCACAGUUGGCAGUGUCACUCCAAGCUUGCCUUUUGCAGAUUGUGGGAUAUAGAAACUUGACUGCCGAGGUUGAAAGGCUGCGUCGGGAAGGAUAUGAUUCAGAGAACCCUCAGCAUGAAGAAAUGCUCUUAAAGCUCUGGAAACUGCUGAAGCCUGACAUUCCUUUGGACUCUCGCAUUUCUAAGCAGUGGUGCGAAAUUGGAUUCCAAGGUGAUGAUCCAAAAACAGAUUUUAGAGGAAUGGGUCUUCUCGGACUAUACAAUUUGGUUUACUUUGCAGAACGUGAUACAUCAUCUGCUCUUCAAAUACUUUCUGAUUCACUUCAGCCAAAGAACAGCAAAUUCAGCAAAACAGAAUGGGAGAUGAAAAAGUUUGACAAAGCAAUUGGCUAUUCAUUUGCCAUUGUUGGGAUAAACAUCACGGACCUGGCCUACAAUCUGCUUGUAAGUGGCGCCCUGAAGACGCAUCUGUAUAACGUAGCUCUAGAAGCCCCAGCAUUACAGCACUUCCAGCAGACUUUCUGCUUUCUGAUGCAUGAGUUUCACAAAUUCUGGAUUGAAGAGGACCCUCUGGACAUCAUGGAGUUUAAUCGUGUGCGAAACAAGUUUUACAAACGCAUCUUAAAACAACUCCAGAACACGGAUAUGGCCUUGUGCCCUCACUUUGCAGCAUCUGAGAGCUUAGUCAAUAUGUAGUGUUCUAUGUUUUCUGAUUAUUCCAAAUCACUGCCUCACUAUUGUGUUAACUCACAGCUUUGAUCAUAGUGCACAUGCUGUUUGACCACAGCGAUUGUAUGCAUGCUUUUUUGGUAAAGUAUUCAUAUCUGUUUUUAUUAUAAAACAACAUUUCUUCAUACUAGUGCUUUUAGUAAAUUCACAUUU